AUGGCAAACUGUCACCGCGUAGCGAACCUAAUGGACGAUAGCUGCUCGACUGCUAGUUCGACCGAUGGACGAAAGGAUCAGCUGGAAGCCACCGCCCCCUCCAGUAUAGAUCCGGAAGAGCAACUGCUGCACACGGUCCGGAACUGCCUGGAGAGUAGCCGGUAUCUGCGAAAGGUGCGUUGUGAAAUGCGGCGGAAGGUCCUGGAAACGAUUCAGGGAUCCGAAGGAGAUAACAUGUUUACCGGUGGUGGUGGUGGUUCCUCGACAGCAUCACCGCCUUCGGCGAUUCAACUGAUCAACCAACUGAUCCUGGAGUAUUUUGACUGGUAUAAUUUACAGUACAGUGCGGAGAUGUUCUCCGUCGAAUCCGAGACGCCCCGGUUAGCUGGUAAAGUUCGACGUCAAACCCUGCUGGCCUCGCUUAGAUCCAACCUGGGGAAACCGCUUCAGUUUCAACCGGAUCUGCCCGUUUUGGCAGAACUGAUCAUGAAGCUAGUUCUGACGACAGUAACGACGGGGGAGCACGAACCGACGGCGCAUUAA